AUGAACCAUGAUCAAGAAAUUACAAAACUGUUAGCUAAAGUUAUGCACAACAGCUACAAAAGAAAAGAAGUAAAUGAAUGCAUAUAUAGAAUAUUUUACAAAAUGGAAAAGAUUUUAAAUACAGAUAAUUUAGAUGAAGAUAUAGAACAUCUUAAGGAUGAAUAUUCAGCUAUUCUUAAAGAAAUAAAUAAAUAUAUGUCUUAG